AUGAAAAUAUUGUUUUUGAUAGCUAUUGUCAUCAGCGUUUCACAUGGUCAUAGAACAAGAAAGGAGGAUAAACUGUUGUUAAGUCCUGUUGAAUUGAUUGAUCUGGUUAGGGAAGAACAACAUAAAAAUAAAGCUGUGCAAGUGAAACAAACCUCAACGACUGUCGGGCAUUCCCCGAAACUUAAUAAACAAAUGUUGGAGAUUGACGAUUCGGAUUAUGACCCAGUUUCGUGCGAAGAUGAUAAAACAAUGAAGAAACGGAAAAUUUGGAGUCGAUGGAGUAAAUGGGGAGACUGUUCAGUGACGUGCGGCGCUGGCACUAUCACGCGGUACCGGCUGUGUGUAGCGGGCCGAUGCGCGCCCGGCGAGCGCGAGGAGCAGCGCAGGCCCUGUGCACGCGCCCCGUGUCAUGCCACUCUCUACAAUGUGACAGACGACCUGGCUGAGGUCGAAUAA